UUAUGAGCUGGAGCUUGAGAGAUGGGUAGACAUGGAGGACGGGCCCUCCUGGCAUGGGAAGUGGCACAGGAAACUGUGGAGUUUGGAAGGAGGGAGAAGAAACGACUUUAGGAAUUGUGUCAUAAACUUCUUAAUGACAUCCUUAGCAGGACCUAACAGAGCCUUCCAUAUGGUAGGGGCUCAGUAUGUAAGUCCUUUGUCCCCUCUUUGGUUCAGAGAUGGUGGAACUUUCAGGACCAGCGCUCAGGGACGUCUUUCUGCAGAAGGAUGGAUCAACCGCUCUUGCAGCCUGCGGUCAGCGACGACCCGACUCUCGGAGGCUCCCUGGAGCGGGAGGGGCGAGCGCACCGCCCGCUUCCCGGCUCCCGCCCUGCCUGUCGCUCGGGACCUCCACGUGGCCAGUUUGCGCCUCCCUCUGCCUUCUCGCCCCUCCAUUACAGCGUUUCGCAGCCCCCAGCCCGAGCAGAGCAGGCUCUGCCCACUUGGGAGGGGCACUCUCCUCACCCCACCCGGCAGGUGUGGCCCACCAGACAGCUGCUGGGCCUCUGCAUGUACUAAUGAUGACAUCACGUUGGUGGGCUCCAUGCUGGUUGACAAGGACAACAGUGUCAAAAUCCAGGCUCUGAACACACUUAAAGCUUUCUCUGGCAUCAGAAAAUUCAGGCUGAAAAUCCAGGAACACUCCAUCAAGGUGCUGGAACUGAUCUCCACCAUCUGGGACUCGGAGCUGCACAUUGCAGGCCUCAGACUCCUCAACAACCUCCCACUGCCUGACUUUGCACAUCCACAGCUGCGACGGGUGAUGCCUGCCUUGAUGGAGAUCCUGCAGUCAGACUACAUCCUGGCACAGGUGCAAGCUGCACGAUUGCUGAGCAACCUGGCGCAGAAGAACGACCUUCUCUAUGAUAUUCUCAACUGCCAGGUACACUCCAACUUCCUGGACCUGUUCCAGUCCACACAGCCCGGGAGUCUGCUGCUUGAAGUACUGGUGUUUGCAGAGUGGCUGAGUGAGGGCCGGAGUUCACCCCACUACCGUGCUGUGAAGUGGCAUUACAAUGAACAGUCUGUGCACGAAGCUCUCUUUGGGGAUGACUCACGACUGGCAGACCGGCUGCUUGCCCUGGUCAUCCACCCCGAGGAGGAUGUUCAGAUCCAGGCCUGCAAAGUCAUAGUCAGCCUGCAGUGCCCCCAGGAUGUGGGAGUCCAGCCCUCCUGCCCGCCCAGUCAUUCCUGCUUUAAUAAUGCAGAAUAAAAUUAUGGAGAGCCAAUAAAUGAAUAAGAGAGAAAA